UCUCUCACUCGCUGUGUCUGUCUCUCUCUCAUUCGUUCUGUCAUCUCUCAUUCAGUAAGCAACAGCUCACUGUCUGUCUUCAGUACUACGUCUCUGCAGCUAACCUUACCCCUGGUUUGGAGGUGUAUUGGAAGAUUAUAGAACUCUGCAUCGUGUUUUAUAGUGGAAGCUUUGACUAAAGUCAUUGAUUUUACAAGGACACCCAGCUCCUGAGUGUGCUCUGAGCUGCGAUUUUGUAACAGCAUUGAGAACUUGUUGCAGGAGCUCCUUUCAGUGUUUGCAGCAUUAACUUGAUCUGAGGGUUGCAGUGGGUGGACAUUGGGGGCAAUGUAAAGCAUGCUCCCCACUCUGCACAACGAAACAGACAAGCUUGUUGCAUUUAUUGGAAAUCGGUGUUCCGAGAGGACAAACGUCAUUCUUGUUUGUUGUGCUGCAUAUUCCAGUCGUGUGGCAGUGAUUCACACUCCUGUCUGAGAAGGAGGGAGAGAGAGGGGAGCUGCAGCGGAAGCCAUGUGAUAAAUUGCAGGAAAGGGACAUCUCUGCUGUACCAUUUCGGGGAGCAAAAUAUGGAAUGUGUCCAGCUGACGGCACCCAAAACAAACUGUGCUGACGUGCUGAAAACCACCAGUUAGCAGUUCUUCUACCCCUUGAACACUACAGAGCGACUUUGUUAAAUUAAAGGGGAAGAAGUUAAAAAAACAACAAACAUUUGUUUACACAAAUUGUGUUUUAUAAAUCUUCAAGCAUUUUUUUUUUGUUAAGAUACAUUGCUUUGUUUAAUUGCUUUGCACACAAAAAAUAAUCCAAGAUGGAUAUGGAAAACUACUUGUGGUUGGUGAUCCUGGGUUUCAUCAUUGCCUUUGUGUUGGCCUUUUCUGUCGGUGCCAAUGAUGUGGCCAAUUCAUUUGGGACAGCCGUGGGCUCCGGGGUGGUGACUUUGCGGCAGGCCUGCAUCCUGGCUUCGAUAUUUGAGACCCUCGGCUCAGUGCUGCUAGGGGCCAAGGUGGGAGAAACCAUACGAAAGGGCAUCAUAGACGUCGGCCUUUAUAACAACAGUGUGGACGCGCUGAUGGCCGGGGAGGUCAGCGCCAUGGCUGGCUCUGCAGUGUGGCAGCUCAUUGCUUCCUUCUUGAAGCUGCCCGUUUCCGGCACGCACUGUAUCGUGGGAGCCACCAUUGGUUUCUCGCUGGUUGCAAUUGGUACCCAAGGUGUUCAGUGGAUGCAGCUAGUCAAGAUUGUUGCCUCUUGGUUCAUUUCUCCUCUGCUGUCUGGUCUGAUGUCUGGGUUCCUCUUUCUCCUCAUCAGAUUUUUCAUUUUAAACAAGGAUGACCCAGUGCCCAAUGGCCUUCGCGCUCUUCCUAUUUUCUAUGCUGCUACUAUAGGGAUUAACACCUUCUCAAUCAUGUAUACAGGAGCGCCAUUACUGGGACUGGAGUUACUUCCUGUGUGGGCGAUAUUUCUGAUAACAUUAGCCGGCUCACUAGUGUGUGCUGCUUUAGUGUGGUUUGUGGUAUGUCCCUGGUUGAGAAGAAAACUUACAAGUCAACAGAAGAAGGCAAACUCCCUGUCAAGGAUAUCUGACGAGAGUCUUGACAAGAUCCAGGAUGAGGACGCCCCAGUAUUCAAGGAGUUGCCGGGGGCGAAAGGGACAGAUGAGUGUGUGGUCCCUCUCACCAGCAGGGUCACUGAGGAGUUGGGGGAACCAGAGCCUCUGGCCAAUGGGAACUCUGUCUUCCCGAACGGAAGGGUAUAUGGGAGGGCAUCCUCCAUGACCAAUGGCAGCUUGAAGUCGCCCAUCUCAAAUGGCUCCUUCAGCUUCGAUGGGUACAUGCGCAGUGACGGGCAUGUCUAUCACACUGUACACAAGGACUCUGGUCUAUACAAGGACCUGCUGCACAAAAUCCACAUGGGGAGGAUGGACGAUGACCGCACGGCCCCUUCUGCUGACAACAAUUACCGCCUGCUGCGGCGCAACAACAGCUACACCUGCUACACGGCAGCAAUCUGUGGCCUGCCUGUGCAAGCCGCCUUCCGGCCAGUCGAGCCAGUGGCUCCAGAGGACAGUGAGAAGCUGGUGGGCGACACUGUGUCCUACUCCAAGAAGCGCAUCCGCUACGACAGCUACUCCAGCUACUGCAAUGCGGUGGCAGAGGCUGAGAUUGAGGCGGAGGAGGGGGGCGUGGAAAUGAAGCUGGCAGCUGACGCCAUGCAGACCCCCCCGAUGGUGCCCACGGAGGACACAGCCGAGGAAGAUAAGGAGGAAAAAGACAAACCCCAGGUCUUCCUGCUCUUCCACUUCCUGCAGAUCCUCACCGCCUGCUUCGGUUCAUUCGCACAUGGGGGCAACGACGUCAGCAAUGCCAUCGGCCCCUUGGUUGCCCUGUGGAUGAUCUAUGAUCAGGGCGGCGUGAUGCAAGAGGCUGCCACCCCUGUCUGGCUGCUCUUCUACGGAGGUGUGGGUAUCUGCGCUGGUUUAUGGGUUUGGGGUCGAAGGGUCAUUCAGACCAUGGGAAAGGACCUAACCCCAAUCACCCCCUCCAGUGGAUUCACUAUUGAGCUGGCUUCGGCGCUCACAGUUGUGUUUGCCUCCAAUAUUGGACUUCCUAUCAGUACCACACACUGCAAGGUGGGCUCGGUAGUUGCAGUGGGAUGGAUCCGGUCAAAGAAAGCUGUGGACUGGCAUCUGUUCAGGAAUAUCUUCCUGGCCUGGUUUGUGACGGUUCCUGUGGCAGGGCUGUUUAGUGCUGCUUGCAUGGCCCUUUUCAUGUAUGGCAUUCUUCCAUUCGUCUGAAUGUCACACCAAGGGAGAAGACAGAAUAAUCCCAUAACAGGCUGGAGUUCAUAUGGGAGAAUAUGGAGGUGUGGGAAAGUGAUGGGACUUUCUCGGGAAUGGGUCAGAAAUUCGUUUCUUUCCUUUUUUUUAAGAAAAAAGAGCAAAUAAGUGCAUAAAGCAGACAUGCUUUUUCAUCUUCCACAUCUAACCUAUACAUAACACUAUCUGUGUCAUUUUUGGUGGCAUGUGGUAUAACAUGUAUGUGGUGCAGUAUAUAUAAAUAAAAAUAUAUAACUAUUAUAUAACUAUUAGUGAUUAAUACUACUUCAGUCAUAUUGAAAGUUUGUGGGUAAUAUUGCAUAGGAUAUAUAUAUAUUUCUUUUUAUGUAGUAAUCUUUUAAACAACAAAAAAAUAAUUUACAUAUUGUAUCAUUUGAGUGGCAAUUUUUUGUACUGAAUCUCGUUUUUAACAAAAGGUACUCAUUUACCAACACUGCCAUAUUGGGAGGGGGAGAGGGUUGGAGUGUAUGGCUAUCCAGUAAUAUCGCCAUAAACAAAGUUCAUGCUUACUAAGAAAGGUUUUCAUAAUGAUUACUGUUCAUGUAUAUUUUACGAUGGACUGGACAUUUAAUAUUGUAUUAUAAUGUAAUUUCUACUGUAAAUACUUUCUAAACAAGAUAAAGCAUUAGCUAUUGGCAUUUUCUUUUGUUGUAUUGUUAUUGAGGGUGCAUUUCCCUCCAACCCAUUUUAGAUAAGGAAGAAUCGAAUGUACCAAAGAUAGAAUAUCAAUUAUGACAGUAUUCACAAUUUUUAGUAUAGUAAUUUGGUUAUUUUACAUUGCAUAAAGAGAUAUUUUGUUUUCACAAAUAGGCCACUACCAUGCAAUUUAACACUAUCAUUAUGAUUUAGACUUCAGUAUGAAAUACAGUAUAUUUUUAUACCAUAUCUGCACACUUUUUUUUUUUAGGUUGAUUUUUCAUUUUAUUUUAAUAACCUCCAGAACAAAACAAACACGAGUGUGCAGUGUGAAAGGCAAACGUUCCAGGAUGAGUAAAUGGUUUUCACCAUACAGAUAUUGUUUUCAUAAAUUUCAUGCAAGCCUGAGUUUCCUAAAAUGCUGUCAACAAGCUUUUCAGUCCCAGAGUUUGCUGACAGAUUUAGUUUAAAAUUUUCAACAUAAACUAUUUUUUUAUUCCAGGUACACACUUUGUAAUUUUGUUUCCCACUCAGUGUAGUGAAAGCAAAACCAGUAAUUCACUGCUGUCCAGUUUCAGAUUGCUAAGAAUAAACGAAAAACAAUGUUGCAUUUCACCCUACCGGCCCUGAUUUUGUCCAUUUGCAAUAUUAGAGAUGCUUUUCUCUGUAGCCUCCAAUGACCACCUUAAAUGCCCCUUCUUUAAAGCACACACACUGUUGAAUGAAUGAUAUAACCAUUCCACCCAAUAAGGUCAGUUUUCUCUACCAGAUGAGUUCCUCCUGCCACAAGCCAAUGGUGCAGGUGAUCUUGUCAGUAUGAUAACCUAGUACAUUUGUAGUACAGUACUGGGAUCUCUGGCACUACGGAAAACACUAACUACUUUCAGUUGUAUGUUAAGCUCUAUGUUUUAUGAUAUCAGAAUUACAACACGCGUUACCAUUUUUUAACAAAAGACUAAUAUAUAGGUUUGUGAAAAAACAAAAUUGUUUAAACAAAAAUAGUAUUUCAUUUGAUUUGUCGUAAGGCACAUUCUUCUGAAACUGGUGGCUUGGUGCUGUACAUUUUAGAAUACAAGGAUAUAAUAGAGGAUCCAUCCGCUGUUUUGAAAUCUGUUAACUUGUGGACUGGGCUGUGUUUCAGUUCUCCUUUGUUCUGUAACUCAGAUAAUGCUGCUAGUGACUUUAAACUGACAACACUGAUUUUUUUAAAUUGUAUUGUUAUUAUUAUAUAAAUAUAUACCUUAAUGUACUGUGCUGUAAAUUGGAUUUGUUUAUUUUCUUGAAAGUGGUCAGCAUUCAGCAUUAAAUUAUGGGAAUUAAAAUUACAAAGACAACCAAGAAA